GCGAGUGGGCGCAGAUCGCUGCGAACUUUGAUAAUGGUCGCUCCUUUUGUUAAACAGGCAUGGACGGUAAGCGGGGUGCUCCUGAACAUGCUAGGGCAGGGCAUGGUGCUUAGCUUCCCGUCCUGCCUUCUGCCAGGUCUUAAGGACCCCAGCUCCAGCAUCAAGGUCGACCUGGGCAUGGCCUCAUGGCUGGCUUCCUCGGUGGGCCUAUCCAGCUUGCUGGGUUUCUUCAUCUCCUCAGUGCUCAUGGAGUGGUACGGCAGGAAACUGGCUCAUGCUCUAGUCAUCCUACCCGGCACCACCGGCUGGAUCAUCAUAUACUUCUCCAAGGACAUCACAACCCUCAUGAUAGGCAGAAUCCUCGGAGGCAUCACAGCAGGAGCUACCGUCACUUUAGGCGCAGUUGUAAUCGGGGAAUUCACCAGCCCAGAACACAGAGGCAUGUUUCUAAAUCUGAAGACAGCUGCCGUAUGUUUGGGCAACACUACGAUGCACAUUCUCGGCCAUUUCUUCCAUUGGAAAACCGUAGCCCUCUGUGGACUAGUGCCUCAUAUUGUGGCUUUAUGCAUCGUCUCUACGUGGCCUGAGAGUCCUGCGUGGUUAGCAUCUAAAAAGAGAUACGACGAAAGCGAAAAAGCAUUCAUUUGGUUAAGAGGCAGUAGCCAGCUACAGGAGCACUACCAGCUCGUAAAAUCACAAAAAGAGCGAUUAACAACCACAAAUAAUUCUUUCAAGGGGAAAUUUUCAGAUUUCAUGCACAAAUUGGGAAGGAGAGACUUUUUAAAACCAGCAUUCAUUAUUUUCUUGGGUGCUAUCCUUCUGGAGGCAUGUGGAAGGCACACGUUCCCUGCGUACGCUUCGACCAUCAUCAAUGAAAUCAAUGGCAGCAAGCAGCAGUCGUUCCUCUACACCAUAAGCAUUGAUUUGAUCGUGACCGCUAGUGCCAUGUCCUCUUCGGUGCUGGUCAAGAUGAUGAAGCGGAGGACUCUUCUCUUCUCAACAGGAAUAUCCGCUGUCUUGAUGCUGUUCAGCGUUUGUACGUACCAGUAUUUGGUAGGCAGAUCCGUUAUCCCAAUGGAACACACGUGGAUUCCGUUGACAAUGCUGGUGGUCUACUUUAUAUUAGCAAAUCUGGGGUGUACUCCAAUACCGUUUGUGAUAUUGGGAGAAAUAUUCCCGUUAGCACAUAGAGGGGCGGGGGUGGCCGCGUCUGGGGUUAGUAUGUCUAUAGGCUUGUAUGUGUUCCUAGAAGUCACGCCAUACUUGCUGGCCAGCGUCGGGUUCCACGGAACCUUCGCCGUGUUUGGUGGAGCCAUGUGCGUCGCCAUGUUAGGCCUGUACUUCAUUCUGCCAGAGACCAAAGACAGGACACUGCAGGAGAUCGAAGAUUGUUUGAACUAUGGCAAAUAUAGAGAUGAAAAGACUGACCCUGAAGAUGAGGAGGUUAGGCUCAAAAUGAUGAGCUAAUGAGGACUGAUUUUCAUUGUAAUGUUGGAAAACAAGGCCAGUAUAGGUAAUAUUAGUGUUAGUAUUUUUACGUAUAAAUCGGAUUGGUUGGACUUUUGUUUGCAUCAUAAUACCAACGUGUGCCUUUGUUGUUUAGCUGUCACUUUAUUAUGUUCCUAACUGUGCAUUGUGUACUAUAUUUAGUGCGAAUACACACUACUACAAACCUACCUACCUACACACUCAAAAAACGUAUUGACCUCGACUCGACGACUAGAGAAAAAUCAUUUAAGUAUGAUAAUUAUGUUGAAUGGCUUAUUUCUACAGAAUCUCUGCAUUGCUCUGAAAACACUAAACUCCCAUGUACCUAUACUGUUUCAGAAUAACCUUCAAACAAGGUGAUAGAAGUGAUAGAAGUCGUGGACUUGUAGGUUUAUCUGUGAGUAUGACUUUCAGUCGAGUUUUCAGAAUUCCCAGAAACUUAUUCUGAAAUCUGAAAUCCUGUAUUAUGUAAAAUCGAAACAUAGUUCCUAAGGAUUAUUUAAGAGUUAUUAUAAGUUAAG